AUGAAGUUUGGACUCAGCAGUGAAAAUGGAACUAUUGUCGGUAAUUCCGGAGGAGACAGUCUUGGAUCCAAUGGCAUUGGCACUAACAACUUGGAUAUCAUCCUUGGAUCCAUUUUUCACUAUGUCUGCUUAUUUCCAGAACUCCGUAUUGUCACCCGACGGUGCGGGUCGGAAGGAUGUCCUGUCACUGCCUCCUUCAGGACAGGGCUCUGUGGGUGUGGUUUCGGGCGCAGGUUUGACCCCUCCUCAAAAUCAUGCCUGAAAUCGUGCAGUUCAUACGGGAACGACUACACGCAGUUGACGGGCAUUGCUAUAAAGGGCUACAAUGAGAAAAUACUUGCCAUAUCUGACCCUGACUCCUGUGCAAUAGCUUGUUCAGCUGAAACAUCGUUUGUCUGUACAAUGGCAGAAUCUGUAUUCGGAACGUGUCGCCUGUCCCCAGGGAUUUUUGAAGUGGUAAACAUAACCGAAUUGACCGUGGACGACACAGCAAAUCUCUUUCAACGCCACUGUGCCUUCUUUCAGAAUGGCUUGUAGGCUACUCAGAAGGCAGAAAUAGUGUCAGCCAUGCAAGCAUAUGGUUUGGAUUCAAAGGGUACAAUACUAAUUCAAUAAAUGCAUUAAUUAUGGUAACAAUAGCUAUGCUUUACAAACUGAUUAGUAUUCACUAUGAGGGAACUGAACCACUCUAUCAGCCAUUUCACCCUAAUUCUGACCCCAGCCACUACAAAUAUAACAGGACAAAUUUAGCGGAUCAUGAUUUGGUGCUCCAGACAUGUUUGCACAUGGGUACAUACCAGCAAGUAUGGCUACAAAGUGCGUACUAUUUGUGCGCAUAUUUGGUCAAAGCUUCCAAAAUGCAAAUACCGCAACCGAAGGAAGAGGAGCUUUGGCUAUACUAUCUUCACAACACCACGAAAACAUAAAGUAGUCCAACAUACACAGAGACAAAACCCAUAGUCCAGGAGGAGAAUCUCAAAAGCGGCCUAGAAAUAGGGAUUCGUAGCUUCCCCAGUACUGAUUUUGUUUGACACUAUUUUCAGUUAGUAUGAUGUCUUGG